GGCGCAUCAUCAUCGCGGUCGGGAUUUGUCGGGAGGAAUCUUCGGGAGGGAGGAAUGCAGGCUCGCCGAGAGAAGCGAGGGCGAGGGCGAGGGCGGGGGAUUUUGGUUGGUGGAGUGAUUGUGUCGUGGAGAUCGAAUGUAGUGCGCGGGCUUGAUUGAAAGAGCUCGCGAGGAGAAGGCGGAGAAGGCGGAGGAGAAGGUGGAGAAGGAGAUUGAGAUUGAGAAGGAGGCCGAGAGCGCGAGCGCGAGCCAGCGAGGGAGGGAGGGAAGGAGCGAGCGAGUAAGAAGAGUGGGAGAGAGGGAGAAAGGCAGAAAGGAGGGAGGGAGGGAGGCGAGGGGAGGGGAGGGGAGAAGGGAAGGCGAGCCAUGGUGGCUUCGGAUGCCACAUCUGGCCAUCUGCAUUCUCACCGUCACGCGCCCCUGAAAGUCAACUCUAACAAUGGCGCAACUUCUGAGCCUCGAGAGGGGCCGCCAGUCCGCCCUCCUCCUCCUCCUCCUAGUGCUUCUCUCGCUUCAUCUCACCGCUGCUGCUGCUCUCCGUCUUCCUCCUUCAGGGAACCUCUCUAACCGACAGUCGCAAGUAGUGCAGUCUCCGCUGGAACAAAACGAGGUAGACGAGUUAGCGUUCCUGGACAAAUUACCGCAGCCCUUAAAAGAGGCGAUACAGGCAGAAUUGAAGGAAUGCAUGGCAUUUCCGCAAGCAACCUACGCACGAUGCGUUUACGAUCGCAGGGCACUGAUUGCGUACACCGAAGACUAUAGUUCUCCAGGCUCUAACCCUAACCCUGUUGUUGGAUCGCCGGCGAUCGGUUAAGUCAUAGCGAGAAAGCCAACGAGAUUAGACAGAGAGACAAUCAGAUAGAGACAGGCAGACGAAUGAAGGAAGGGACGACAGUAUUAUAUGCUAUCUCAUUAAUCGAAGAAUGUAAGAGAGAGUUUAGCACUGCAUGAAUCUGCAAUUACCGCAGAGCAGAGCAGAGCACACCACACAGACAGAAAGAGAGAGAAAGAGAUUGAGUGUCAGUGGAAAUAGGUUUUUGGCUUUUUGAUCAGUUCUGUGACCUUGAAGUCCCGGAACAAAUAUUUGAUUCUUGAUCAUUCACAUAAAAUUGUUUGUACAUUAUUCGCAUGUGUACUAGAGAAUGUAGUUCGAAAGAUGCCU